UUCAUAUUAGACUAUAAUGGUAAAUGUUGUCUGCUUGGUUAGUAAUAGUAGAUGAAAAUUAGUAGUGGGAUGAGAAAUUUUGCUCAAGAGGAUUUACCUGAUGGAAUUAAAAGUAUUGUGUUAUGCAUGUAUCAGUGGACUUGAGAUGAGGAUCCUCUAAGGAAAGCUCAUGCCUUUCCCUGGGGUCUGCUCUUGCUUGGUAGGGGCCAAUUUGCCUCUAUUUGGUUUGGAACAGUCACCUACAGAUCAAAUACACAGGACACAAGAUGCUCAGGUGCUCACAUUGUUUUCUGUUUUCGUUGCAGGUAGCACAUACUUCUACCUCAAAGAAGCCACUGAAGAAGCGGUUUAUAAAGGUGAAUCUACGAAACCAGGCGAGAGAUGGAAGACUGAAGGGAACUGAGGUGGUGCGGAUAUCUAAAUUAUCGAAAGAUGUUACCUUCCUGGAUUCAGAUGAGGACAGCAGUGGAUGCAGUAGUGACAGUUUAUCCCAUGUUUCACUACCUGGAAUGGAAGCUCCAAUCACCUCCACCACAUUCACUGAAGAGUUGCGACGGUUGAAUCCAAGUUUCGAGACUGGUAAAGGUGAACCUCAGUUGACUACCAUGGCUCCAUUCUUCUCCACCCGAAAUGAUGUACAGUUCAGAAGGCUGAAUCCCAGUCUUGAGAGUGGUGUAGGUGGACCUCAGCAGAUUGACAUGGCUCCAUUCAUCUCCACCCGAAAUGAUGAACAAGUCAGAAGGAUGAAUAUACAUUUGGAGACUGGUGAGGGUGGACCUCAACGGACUGAGGUGGCAUCAUCAUCAUCCUCCAGUGAUGGUUUGGCUUUGGAGAGUUCAGAUGAUGAAAGCCUCCAUGACUGAGAGACUCCAGUUAGAUGGUACUGUGCAAAGAUGGCUAGCUGCCUGAGGGCUCUGGCAGCCACAGCACUCCUGACAGCAGAAACAUCCAGAAUCUCACUGGGCCAACAGCUUGAGGUUUUUCCUCCAUUCUAGGUCUGUAGUUUGAUAGAUUCAGAGAUAUUUAUGGAUAACUGAUACUUGCAUAACUAUUAGGCUAUCUUCCUAUGCCACCUUCCCUCCCCCCUCCGCUGUCAUAGCUCUCUCUUAAAGUUUGUAAUGGGUUAAACCUUGCUACUUUACUACCAGCUCCUCGGAUUUUAGGACAUAAGUGUACACAUAUAAUUGCUCAUACUUAUGCCAGCAGGCAAGACUUAACUGUCAGACCCAGAACAUAUAUGGUUCACAGAUUGCAGUAGCUACAUAGUCAGUGGUGAAAGGAAGGCUAUGGUUUCCUCAACUGAACUUAUACUCAGGUCCUCUUGGAACCUCAACCCAGAAGGCUGAGCUUAUAGCAUUAAAUAGGGCACUUAGCCCAGGAGAGGACUGUUGCCUAAACAUAUAUACUGACCCCGAACUAUUCCUUUAUGCUAGUCAUACCUCCACAGCUAUAUGGAAAGAAUUUAGAAGGCUGACAGGGAAAUAUUCUGAUUAAAUAUGAUGAGGAGAUUUUAAAAUUACUACAUAUAGUCCACUUACCCCAGAAAGUACCUAUCACACACUGCUGGGGACACCAUCAAAAUGGUGUAAGUGUGGUCUGUAAUGGAAAUCACAGAGAAGGUUCAGAGACCAAGCAGGCAGCCACUAGGACUCUACCUUUGGCACUAGAUUUAAUUCCUAGCCUAAAUCUAGAUACUCAGCCUCAGUAUUUCACAGAAAAUGAUGGUUGGGCUCAAGAAAAUGGAGGAACCAGAGUUGCUGGAUGGUGCUUGGUAAAUGAUCAAUAUUUUCUUCCCAAAGCUAAUCAAUUAGUGGAAGAUAAUCAAACACAUGCAUGAUUUAUUCCAUUAGGGGGAAAAGUCAUUCUUAUGGCCUCUCAGCACUUGUUCACAGGCCCUGGACCAACUUCUCUUGGUCCGGCAAGUUUUCCAGGCAUACCCCACUUUUUCUUAUAGUACCUCUGGAGGCCUUAAACUUAAUCUAGUAAAGCCAGUUCAGAGAAAGGGAGCAGAUCCUGAGGUAGAUUGUCAACUGGACUUUGUCCAUAUGUCUCCCUGAGGAGGGGGUACAAAGUUCUAUUGGUAUUAGUAGACACUUGCAUGGAACAGGUCCAAGCUUUCCUAGCCUGGAAAGAGAGGGCAACUAAAGUUGCCACGGUUUUAUUAAAAGAUAUUUUUCUUUUUUUUAAUUUUUAAAAUUUUUGAAUUUUUAAAAAAUUUUUAUUUCCCUAUCAUUGCCCUUGUUUAACAUUGUUACUUGUUAUUGAUGUCGUUUUUGUUGGAUAGGACAGAGAGAAGUGGAGAGAGGAGGGGAAGACAGAGAUGGGGAGAGAAAGACACUUGCA